AUGAAGUUGACAUAUAACUGGAUAAUGUAUUCAUUUUUAUGUUUCGGAUCCGGAAUUUUGUGUGACAGAACAUAUGAUGGUUCUUGCUCAAUAAACGCCGAAGAUAAGUUUAAAUGUCCAAAUGGAAUAUGUAUCGAAUCGUCGAAAGUUUGUGAUGGCCGUAAGGAUUGUUCAGAUGGUGCAGACGAGACCAAAGCGUUGUGUGAUCGAUACGAGUAUGAAAUCGAUAUCACCAUGGAUUGCGGUAGAGUAAAUGCAAAAAGCCAAGGAAUAAUCGGACAAGGUAUGAAUAAAGCAACAGUUGAAACAACACCUUGGUACGUUGGAAUAUAUGAAUUAAAUAAAACAGAUUCCUAUUAUAACUUGAUAUGUGGAGGAUCAAUUAUUGCACCAAAUUUAGUAAUUUCUGCGGCUCAUUGUUUUGGACAAUAUGAUACGAUGAGAUCUAAAAAAAUAUCAAUAAACGAUGGUAUAAUUAAAGUUUCUGUUGGAAAAUAUGAUAGAAAUUUUACUGUUAUCGACAACAACUUUACUCAAAUAAUAAAUGUUAAAACGAUUUACCAUUAUGAUGGUUAUUGGGGAAUGAUUAACAAACAUGCUAAUGAUAUAGCUGUCAUUGUGUUAGCAAACAAAGUUUCGUUUAGUAAUGGCGUUACACCUGUUUGUGUCGAUUGGAAAAGUGAAUACAAUGUAGUAAAUGGAGCUCAAGGAAAGAUUGUUGUUUGGGGAGAAAUGAAAAAUGGCAUACAAAGUGCGUUAUUAGAACAAUUUUUACCUUACAUCAACACUAGUACUUGUCGAGAAAUGUAUUUGUAUAGCGGAUUUGAUGUAAAUGUGACUUAUGAUAAGUUUUGUGCUAGUUCUAAAUUAGUUUCAGGACAAGGAGUAAGUGUUGAAGAUAGUGGAGCGGGCAUAGCAUUUUUACACUCAAAUUCUUAUUUUUUAUCUGGAGUUUUAAGUAUCAAGGAUACUGUAAAAAACAGUUCAAUAUUAGGUUUUACAGACAUUAAUGAACAUCUUCAAUGGAUUCGUGGACUGUUUAAUUUCAAACAUGUCACAGGUAGUCCUUGCGUUUUACCAACAGUCGAAGGAGUGGUAUAUUCUUAUGAAGGUUCUAAUGCCAUUUUAUCACACGGGACAUUAAUUAAAUAUCUUAUUACUGUUAUUGAAAACUGUGAAGUUGGAUACCAUCAGGCCUAUCCCAAUAGUUUUAGAGUUUGUCAGGGAAAUGAAAAAUGGUUAUCAAAUUCUGAGAAAUUGUGUUUUAAAAUGUGCCCACCUCUAAAAUCAGAUAGUUUGGAUAUUAAAUGUAGUCAUAAUGGAGAGUAUUCUAAUUGUUCAAAUUCGUUGAUACCCAAUACAACAGCAACAAUAUCAUGUAAGCCAAGAUAUACUGCUCCAAAUGGACAAGAUGAUACUCCAUUUGAAUUACUUUGUCAGUCUAAUGGGACGUGGAAUAAACAACUAUAUAGAUGCAAUCCAUAUUGCGGUAGAGUAUAUACCCUAAACCAAGUAUUGAUCAGCAAUGGAGAAAAAGCACUUGUUGGGACUGCACCUUGGAAUGUUGGAAUAUAUAGAUUAAAUAAAAUAAAUUCAAAUUAUGACUUAAUUUGUGGAGGAUCAAUCAUUUCUCCAAAUUUAGUCGUUUCUGCGGCUCAUUGUUUUUGGCUAAAAGGUAUGAUUUUUAAUAGAAUAUCAGUAAAUGAUGGUCUAUACAAAAUUGCUGUUGGAAAAUAUGAUAGAGACAUUACUGUAAUUGACAAUGACUUUACUAAAAUUAUUGAUGUGGAAAUGAUUUACCUGAAAGAAGGUUACUAUGGACCAAUUGGGUUUCAUGCUGAAGAUAUAGCUAUUAUUGUGUUACAAAACAGAGUUUCAUUUAAUAAUGGUGUUGCACCUGUUUGUAUCGAUUGGAAUGGUAGAUACAAUGUAUCCAAUGGAGAUCAAGGAAAGAUCGUUGGUUGGGGAAAAACGGAAAAAGGCAUUGCAAGUCCUGUUUUGUUAGAAGCAUCUUUACCAUUCAUCGACCAUAGAUCUUGUAGAGAUAUGUAUACAAACGGGUUUGAAUCAUUUGUGACUGUUGAUAAAUGUUGUGCCGGUUCAGCAUUGGGACAAGGGGUGAGUAAAGGAGAUAGUGGUGCAGGUUUAUGCUUUGUACACUCUAAUUCGUAUUACUUAACCGGAAUAGUCAGUAUUAAGGAUCCAAAUACAAAUAGUUCAAUCGCUGUUUUUACAGAAGUAAAGCAUCACAUUCAAUGGAUUCUUGGACUAUUCAACAAAUACGAUGGUCUGGCCAAAAUUAAUUCAUGCAUUUUACCAACUGUCGAAGGAGUUGUAUAUUCUUAUGAAGAUUCUAAUGAAACUUUGUCUCACGGGACAUUAAUUAAUCAUCGUCUAACUGUUAUUGAGAAAUGUGAAGUUGGAUAUCACAAGGCCUAUCCUUAUGGUCUUAGGCUUUGUCAUGAAAAUGGAAAAUGGUUAUCAACCUCUGAUAAAUUAUGUUUCAAAAUGUGUCCACCUUUACUAUCAGAUACUUUAGAUAUUAAAUGUACUAUUUAUGAUAAGUAUGCUGAUUGUUCUAAUACAUCGAUGCCAGAUACAAUAGCCACACCAUCAUGUAAGCCACCAUACACUACACAAAAUGAAAAAGAAGAAUUAUAUUGUCAAUCUAAUGGGAAGUGGAAUAAACAACUAAUUAUUAGAUGCAAUCCAGCGAUUUCGUGUACUUUACCAACUGUCAAAGGAGUUGUAUAUUCUUAUGUAGGUUCUAAUGAUAUUUUAUCUCACGGGACAUUAAUUAAUUAUCAUGAUACUGUUAUUGAGAACUGUGAAGUUGGAUAUCACAAGGUUUAUCCUUAUGGUUUAAGGGUUUGUGUUGAAAAAGGAAAAUGGUUAUCAAUCAAAGAUAUAUUAUGUUUAGAAAUGUGCCCACCUCUAAAAUCAGAUAGUUUGGAUAUUAAAUGUAGUCAUAAUGGAGAGUAUGCUAAUUGUUCAAAUUCAUUACUCAAUACAACAGCAACAAUAUCAUGUAAACCAACAUAUACUGCACCAAAUGGACAAGAUGAGAAUCCGCUUGAAUUACUUUGUCAGUCUAAUGGGACGUGGAAUAAACAACUAUAUAGAUGCAAUCCAUCUUGCGGUAGAGUAUACAUCGGAAACCAAAUACUGAUUAACUUUGGGCAUAAAGCAUAUAUUGGAUCGGCACCUUGGAAUGUUGGAAUAUACAAAUUAAAUAAAAUAAAUUCCAAUUAUGACUUGUUUUGUGGAGGAUCAAUUAUUGCUCCGAAUUUAGUCGUUUCUGUGGCUCAUUGUUUUUGGGAAAAAGGUAUGAUUUCUGAUAGAAUAUCAGUAAAUGAUGAUCUAUACAAAAUAGCUGUUGGAAAAUUUGCUAGAAAUUUUGCAGUUAUUGACAAUGAUUUUACAAAAAUAUUUAAUGUAGAAAUGAUUCACCUGAAUGAUGAUUAUUAUGGACCUUCUGGGUAUCAUGCUACAGAUAUAGCUAUUAUUGUGUUAAAAGACAGAGUUUCCUUUAGUAAUGGUGUUGCACCUGUUUGUAUCGAUUGGAAUGGUAAAUACAAUGUCGUCAAUGGAGUUCGAGGAAAGAUCGUCGGUUGGGGAAAAACUGAAAAAGGCACUUCAAGUCCUGUAUUAUUAGAAGCAUCUUUGCCAUACAUCGACCGUGAUUCCUGCCAGAAUAUGUAUACAAACGGAUUUGAAAAUUUUGUAACUGUUGAUAAAUUUUGUGCUGGUUCUAAUUCUACAAUGGGACAAGGGGUUAGUCAAGGAGAUAGUGGUGCAGGCUUAUGCUUUUUACACUCUAAAUCUUAUUAUUUAACCGGGGUAGUCAGUACGAAGGAUACAAGUACAGAUAAUUCAAUCGCCGUUUUUACAGAAGUAAAGCAUCACAUUCAAUGGAUCCGUGGACUGUAUAACAAAUAUGAACAAGAACAAUAG